AAUAAAGACAAUAGAGUGACAGUAUAAAUUUUUUAAAUUAUACUAUUGGUAAUCCUGUUUUAUUUUUUUCUUCAUAUAAAUUCAUUUCUCUUAAGAGAAUGAUGUUCAAACGUCGAAUAAUAUACUGACUGUGAUAGGUGAAACUCCUCAUGUCAUCAUCCUGGCUGCGUAGAAGAAAAAUUAAAAAUGCCAAUCUUUGAUUUCUUUCGAAAUUUCUUUAUUGGAGGAGAUAGAGAAGAUUUCAGAGACGAAGGGAAACACAGUUUUCGUAAUCCUAUUUGGCAAAAUGAUGAAGAUGACAAUGAUGACGAUGACUUCAGACAUCUUGGUAGAAGUAACGUACACGUUCAUAUCUUCAAUGAUCCCAAGGAUAUGACAUCUUAUUUUGAAUCGCAAUUCGAUAAUAUAUUGAACAGUAUUUUCUCAAGUUUUGAUGAUAGUAAAAUAUUUCCGAAUUUUAAUGAUAGUAAAAUUUUCGAUAUACCAGGUAGCAUAGAAGAGUCACCGAAUGCAGGACAAAGUAAUAAUAGUUUGCGUGAUAAAAUGUUAAAACCUGGAUAUGAAUUUCCAGAUUCUCCUGAUAAUGAAAAAAACAAAGUAGAUGCAGAUUUAGAUGGAAGAAUUUCUGCUGAUAACCUUUUUAAAUUUUGGAAUGAACCUAAUAAUACAAAAAUAAUACCCUCUACAAACCACCAAUUUCAUCGAAGUUCCAAAUUUGUUAGCAAAAGAUUUAUACAUGCACCAGAUGGUACUAUAGAGCAACAUCAGAUAAUAAAAGAUAGUGAAGGUAACGAAGAAAAGAGAGUUUCUAAACAGAUUGGUGAUAAAAAAUAUGUUGUUACCACAAAGAGAGAUAAAAAUGGUGUAGAAACCAAAGUAGAAGAUUUGAUUAAUAUAGAUGAAAAUGAAUUGAAAAACUUUAAACCAAAUAUAGAACAAACUUGGGGAUCCAUAUAUAAUCACUAUAGUAAUUCUAGUAGUAUUUUAAAUUAUUUACCAUGGGAUCAGUUUUUUGGUCCAAAUCCAAAAUUAUAAUAUCAUUAGUAAGAUGUCUGUUCUAACAAGGGAUAUCGCUUUCAUAUACUGUCCUUUAUAAUGUGCUACAUCUACUAAAAACUGUAUAUGGUUGUAGUUAAUAAUACAUUAUAAAAUAAAUAUAAAACCAAUCAA